CGGAGCAUCCUAGCCGGGGAGCCCUUCACCGCGAGCCGGAGAGCCCCAGGAGCCCCGUGCACCCCGAGCUGCGCGCUUCCCCUGGAGUAGAUCUCGGGAGCUAUGGCCGGACUGCGGGUUCUGCUGUGCCUCGGGGCGCUGCUGGCCCGCCCGGGCUCUGCAGACUUAGAGGCCGUGGCUAUCGCUGAAGUCCAUGAGAAUGUGACUCUGCGCUGUGGCAGCGCGUCCGGAUCCAGGGGCCUGGUGACCUGGUACCGGAAUGACUCAGAGCCCGCCUUCCUGGUGUCCUCCAAUUCCAGCCUCCCUCCGGCUGCGCCACGUUUCUCUCUGGAGGAUGCAGGUGCCCUGCGCAUUGAGGCACUGAGACUGGAGGAUGACGGCAACUACACCUGCCAGGAGGUUCUGAAUGAGACACACUGGUUCCCUGUGCGGCUUCGGGUGGCCAGUGGCCCCGCCCACAUUGAGGUUAACAUCACGGCCAGCGGUGCUCUCCCCAACGGCACCCUGUACGCAGCCAGGGGCUCCCAGGUGGACUUGAGCUGCCGCAGCUCGGCACAGCCUCCACCCGAGGUGGCGUGGUGGGUCCAGACCCACCGCAUCUCGGAGGAGUUCUUCGGAAAGAACCUGUCGGCCAACAGCUUCACACUGAUGCUCAUGUCCCAGAACCUCCAAGGCAACUACACCUGCUCGGCCACCAACGUGCUCAGCGGGAGACAGCGAAAGGUGACCUCCGAGCUUCUGGUCUACUGGCCCCCCUCGUCAGCCCCUCAGUGCUCGGUGGAGGUGUCUUCAGAAUCGACUACCCUGGAACUCACCUGUAACUGGGAUGGGGGAUACCCUGACCCGACCUUCCUGUGGACUGAAGAACCUGGAGGAAUGGUGGUGGGGGAUUCAAAGCUGCAAACGCUGAGCCCGUCGCAGCUGUCGGAGGGCCAGAAGUUCAAAUGCGUCGGGAGCCACAUACUGGGACCAGAGUCUGGAGCCAGCUGCGUGGUACAGAUCUCGAGCCCCUUACUGAGGACGUCUCAGCCCAUGAAAACUUGCUUCAUGGGGGGCAACGUGACACUCAUCUGCCAAGUGACGGGAGCCAACCCGCCUGCCAGGAUCCAGUGGCUGAGGAACCUCACACAGCCCGAGUCUACCAUCCAGCCCAGCAGCCGUUACGUUAUCACGCAGCAGGACCAAAGCUCCUCCCUCACCAUCCACAACUGCUCUCAGGACCUGGACGGAGGCUUCUACUUCUGCCGGGCCGAGAACCCUGUGGGGGUGAGGGCGGUAGACAUCUGGCUGAGUGUGAAAGAACCUCUGAACGUUGGUGGCAUUGUGGGCACCGUGGUGAGCCUUCUCCUGCUGGGACUGGCCAUCAUUUCGGGCCUCAUGCUGUAUUACAGCCCUGCUUUGUGCUGGAAGGCAGGGAGCUCGUUCAGGGGACACGACAUGGGUGAUGUCAUGGUUUUGGUAGAUUCAGAAGAGGAGGAGGAGGAGGAUGAUGAGGACGACAAGGAAGAUGUUGCUGAAGAGGUGGUGCAGGAGACGAGUGAGACAGAGGAGUUGCCGAAAGAGAGAGGCACGCAUGGGCACAUUCACAGGGUGACUGCCCUGGUCAACGGGAACUUGGACUGCGUGGGGAAUGGACUCCAGGAGUUUCAGGAUGAAAGUGAUGGGCAGCAAAGCGACAUUGGUCAAGAGGAAGACAAGCCAGUUUGAGGAGGAGGAGGAGGAGGAUCCGCCGUCAGUGCUGUCUCGCAAGUUCAGUCCAUUCUGGCCACCCUCUCGCCAUGCUGCCCUGGAGAGCUUGUGUUAGAGACCGCUGGGGUUUCUGCAGACACUGCAUCUCCUCUUCCGUCAUCUCCCACUGGUUUCCUUUGGUGUGAGCCACCUCAGCGGUGUAAAAUGCACUGAGAAGGAGCUGCCGGUGUGGGGCAUGGCGUUUGAGGGGUCACUUGGCUGUGACGCCUGGCUCUACCCAGGUGAUUUACUGUGACAGACACUGGUUGGGGGCUGGGGUGGCUGGGCACUUGGUACCUGUGCACAGUGCUCCUAGUUGAGGUGUGUAGCCAGCUUACCUAGCACGUAUGUGGAGGCGGGGCUCUUUGAUCACUGUUGAGGUGAGGCACCAGACCCCUUCCUGGCAGAGGGGAGGUGUCAACUACCAGAAGGCAGUUGGAUUGGGCCUGAGGCUUGGAAUCUUUAUUGUUUUGCGUCUGUUUUCCUAUCUAGAAAACCCAUGAAGCAGUACCAACUUUCCAGGCUCCUGAGAGAUGGAGGCUGUAGUUCGGGGUAUAGGGGUGCCUAGGGAGGGGUUCCACAGAGCUAUGCAGGGGCCUUCAUUGUAGACUCUCAGCUCUGCCUACCCUAACUAUGCUUUUGUCCCUGAGAGAGGGGUGCACCUUUCCUUAGAGCCCUCGCGGUAUACAGACAGAGCUGCAUAUGGUUAUAAAAGCCUCCUAAGUGAUGGACCUAAGGCUUCUUCCUCAUGCCUCCUGUGCUAAGCAAGAAGAACACUUCCUAACAGAGUAUAACUUAAUACGAACUGGACAGUCCACUUGUACUCAAUGUCUGUGUCUUGGAAAUGGGAGUAUGUGUUUCCAUCCUACUUAUUAGGACAGUAAGCUCCAAAAGAAAAUAGUGGGUGAUAACUUUAGCUUGGGAUAGCUAGGUUCUGGGGGUUUUUAUUUUAUUUUUUUAAUUUUAUGUAAACAUUGUGAAGUCAGGGAUCUUCUAAGGGUGCGAUAGGUCUGUGCUCACCAUGGAAAUCCAACUUGAAAUUUGCACUCUGUACUUGUGCACAUCCUGCUCCAACAGGACAAGAUCUAAGGCUUUAAGGACAGCCUAACACUGGGGCCCAAGAUUCCUGAGGAGCUGGUUAACAGAAGUACCUUGCAUGAUGUGGGAGGGGCUGUCUGUUCUCUUUGAGUUCAGGGACUAAAGUGAAGAAACCACUCCCUGUGUGGCCCAUCCUGAGCUCAGGGCACGAGGAGUCCACCUGGCUGAGAAUUGGAGCCCUUGGGAAUGGUUGUGACUUUGUGCAGUUCCCUUGCUUCCUGGUGCUUAGGUACUGGAUCACUCCAGUCUCACAGUGGGGAUACUCAGGUUGCCUUCAGUCCUGUGAGCUGGCUUUUCCCGUGAGGCCUGAUGACAGAGUUCCUGAGUUUGGUCUGUGACUCAGAGAGGCAACUUUAAAAGAGAAAUUUAGCCGGGAAGUUGCUAGCUGCGAACAUGGUGAAUGUUUUGUGAGACCACUCGGUGCUUCCCACAGCUUCCUCUUGUGUGCACACCCGGCAGUAGGAAAUAUUUGAGGGUUUUUCCACUAGCAAAUGUGAGCUUCGAGGGCUUGGUGCCAAAUGCUCUUCUCAAGCCCUAACCAGUUAACACUGUCAAUUUUAUCAGACUGUGUGCACAUUUCUAAAAUGGCAGUUAAGAGCCCGGGCACCAAAGGGCUUUGUUUUAAGGCUUUGUGAAAAACUGGAGCCCACAUCCCCUCUUUCCCUUAAUGCAAUCCAUACCCAGAUCUCAAGGCAUAUGUUGUCAAAUGCCAAAAUACAAUUUGUGCAUUGGUCUUUAAAAAAUAAAUAAUUCUUAUCUGUAUGUAUUAGUUAACUGAUGAGAUCCACUUGGUAGAACUAGGAAGAAAACCACUUCGUGGUUGUUUUAAUCACACUGAUCUCCCUCAAAACCCAGUAGUCAUGGGAGACAGGUUCUACAUUCCUGUGGCUUUGGCAUUAGCUCCAUUUCUCACAGUCGUGAAGGAAGCGUCCUCACUGGGUACAUCUUUUGUACAGUAAGUGCCAAUCCAGAUUUCUCACCACAGGACUGGCUGCCUCAAAGAAAAGCUGCAGAUGGUUCGACAUGGUUGCCCUUACCAUUUCAUGGGGAAAUUUGGGAGGAAUUAGUUCUAAGGUUAUAAUUUUUAAGACUUUGGAAUAAAGUUACUUUUUUUAAACAUA